AUGCUGAUCUUGAAAGACUUGCGUCUGCGCCGUCAACGUCGCAUUGCGGGCCUGGUUGCCACUGUUCCAACCAUGUUGUUCAGUGCUAUUGCAUCAGGAUCGUAUUUCAUGACAAUUGAAAUUGAUCCAAGCCAGACCCUCGGCGGUAUUGACCCCUUCUUCUUGUAUUUGGGUGCUACAACUGCCUGUACUGGUCUAGGUUGGCUCGUGGGACCAUCCAUUGGGUUUUCUAUUUGGAGUCUUUUUCACCGGAGCAAGGCGGCACAAAUGACGCGUCGGGACAAGGAGUUCUAUGCUCACAUUCGUAAAAUGCGUGCGGAUCCGACUCGCCAAGUCGUGCACAACCCUGUGCCGGAUUACUACGGUGAAAAGAUCGGGUCUCUUCAUCAGUACCGUCAGUGGCUCCGCGACCAGCAUAUUUUCCGCCGCAAAGCCUCUCACGGACUCAAGGAUAUCGAGUAA